UCGCGUACGACGUUUCAGUGAACAUUCGUAAAGUUUCCAUAUAGAAACAAAUUCAAAAAUCAAAUACAAUUAGCAAUUUAGCAACGUCAAAACGCAUACGAAUUUGACAGUUGUUUUUUUUUAUAAAAAGGCAAAGGUUGUGUAGCCUUUCGGUUGUGUGAGUGUGUGUUAGAUUAUGUUGUUGUAAUAUUAUAUGUUACGAAUGGCGGAUUGUAGUGGGAUAUACAGCGUGAUUUAAAAAAGAUGGCGUAGAACUCCGACUUCAAGAUGGCAGCGGUGUCGACAACCGUACACCUACAGGACACCAGAAUAAAGAUUCAGGAUCACAGCGAUGAAGACCAUGAGCCAUAUUCACCAACCACCAGGGAUACAAUCAGCCCUGAAUACAACGAAGAGGAUAAAUCCGAAGAUAGAACAAUACAUACAUCAUCUUUCUCCAUACAUAACGUUCUAAAGAAAGAACGAGACACAAGUAGCCCAGAGAAUGUCUUCUCAACAGAUAAACUCUUACAGAAUACGCCAAAUUUCGAUGAUAGUCAAAACUCAAGAACGUCUGAAAGCGUCAGUCCUAGGCUUGAAGAUGAUGAUACGAAUGGUAAUGAAUACAGAGCUGAAAUAAGUGUGGAUGAUGAAAAUUCCUGCUGCAGCGAUGACACUGUCUUAUCCGUUGGUAACGAGGCUCCAGUGUCCAGUUACCAUGACAACGAGAAAAGCAGUCCGGACCCCUCGCACGGUCUAUCCUCUUUUAAACACAUUCAGACACAUCUGAACGCGAUCUCACAACUUAGUCAGAAUCUUAAUGUGAACCAACCUUUACUUCUCCGACCGAGUCCUAUCACUCCAAACCCUCUUAUGUUCCUAAACCAACCGUUACUGUUUCAAAAUCCACUAAACCAAGUGGAUUUAAAAUCCGGGGUGAUGCCAAAUAGAAUGCCGAUGCCACAGAGCAAUUUAAACCUUAAUACGCAGCAUUUCGGUUUAAAUUUCGGUCUAAGAAUGAAAAACCAAACGAUGGAAACGCGUCAUCGAAGCGAUGAGAACAGACGCGUUAAUUAUGUUACGCCGAAAUCACCAGAUAAUGAAUCUGGAAGAGAUUUUAUAAAUCAAAAUUGUUUAAAAUUUAGUAUAGACAAUAUUUUGAAGGCUGAUUUCGGAAGACGAAUAACUGACCCGUUGACGAAAAGAAAGUCUUUAAAGUCAAGGUCCUUUGAGGCUAAAGUACCUGUAAAAGAGGCUUCGUUGCCCUCUAAACCGGAAGUGCUUGAGGCUAGAGUGCCGGAGGUUAAGCCUACUGAUAAAGGAGCUAUUGACCUAUCGAAAAGCGACGACGGUUCGAGCAACCAGAGUAGUACAAGCACAACGACUGGCGAAAACGGACCAAUGGUGUGGCCGGCAUGGGUGUACUGCACCCGCUACAGCGACCGGCCCAGUUCGGGAAGAAGUAAGUACGGGACCGGCUCACGGCAGCAACGUCCUCGUACGAGAAGACCGAAGAAGCCGCCCGGGGAGGGUCCCACUUCUGAUGAGAAAAGACCUAGGACUGCCUUCUCUGGACCUCAGCUUGCUAGAUUAAAGCACGAGUUCGCUGAGAACCGGUACCUGACGGAGCGGCGGCGGCAGGCGUUAGCAGCGGAACUGGGCCUAGCCGAGGCGCAGAUAAAAAUCUGGUUCCAGAAUAAGCGAGCAAAGAUCAAGAAAGCUUCAGGACAGAGGAAUCCGCUCGCGCUGCAGCUCAUGGCGCAGGGACUGUACAACCAUAGCACGGUGCCUCUCACCAAGGAAGAGGAAGAGUUGGAGAUGAAGGCCAGAGAGAGGGAAAAGGAACUACAGAAUAGACAUUGAAAGUGUGCUUAGUAAUAGUUUCUUGUUGGUUAUAACGCGAUGUUGUAAAUUCGAUUGAUUACAAGGGUGGAUGAAAUGUUUUUGGGAAAGAAAUUAUCUAAUACUAGCUUUUACCCGCGACUACGUCCGCGCGGAAUAAAAAAUAGAA